UCCUCCUCCCCAGCUCCUCCCCUCCCCGCCCCCUCGGGCCCUCCUGCGCUAACCCUGCGCCUGCUCCCAGUCAUGGUGGCCUGGCGUACCGCUUUCCUCGUUUGCCUCGUUUUCUCCUUGGCCACCCUGGUCCAGAGAGGAUAUGGAGACUUGGAUGAUUUUAAUCUGGAGGAUGCACUGAAAGAAACUUCCUCAGUAAAACAGAGAUGGGACCACUUCAGCACCACAACUAGAAGGCCUGGAACGACCAGAGCCCCAGCAAAUCCAGCAGGAAGUAAUUUUGACUUGACUGAUGCAUUAGCUGAUGGAGAUGACGGGCGUCGAAAACCAGGAACAGGAGGAAGAGAGAGAUGGGACCAUGUCAUCACUACCACAACUAGAAGGCCAGGAACAACUAGAGCACCAUCAAAUCCCAUGGAACCAGAUGGUUUUAACUUGGCUGAUGCCUUGGAUGAUCAAAAUGAUCUUGAUGACCGCAAAAAACCAAGUGUAGGAGAAGGAGGAGGUUUUUCAGACAAGGAUCUUGAGGACAUAGUGGGAGGUGGAGGAUACAAACCUGAUAAGAAUAAAGGUGGUGGCGGUUAUGGCAGCACUGAGGACCCCGGAUCUGGCAUGUCGACAGAAACUGGCACCAUUGCAGGUGUGGCUAGUGCCCUGGCCAUGGCCCUGAUUGGAGCUGUAUCCAGCUAUAUCUCCUACCAGCAGAAGAAGUUUUGCUUUAGCAUUCAGCAGGGCCUCAAUGCAGACUACGUGAAGGGGGAGAACCUGGAAGCCGUUGUGUGUGAGGAACCCCAAGUGACAUACUCAACACAAGAAGCACAGUCUGCAGAGCCUCCACCAGCUGAGGCACCCCGGAUCUAAGGCCCUGUUCAGUGGCAGGUGCAGGAAGGGUGUCACUGCUUGUGACCCAGCUCCAGAUUUCAUUUGCUGACCUUUUCCUCAAGUUUCUUCCCAUGCCACUGGCUUCUGUACAAACAAAUCUUAGGUGUUGGUGAGUGUCGUUUUGUGCCCUGUCCUGCAGAGUAUGGUGACUCCUUUGCCAUUGGUCCUCCGAAGAGACUUGGUGCUGAGACUUGAGACCUGCCCUGAGCAGAUCACCAGCAUUAGAAGUUGCUGGGUCAAAGAGACAGCCUGCUCCAGCCUUAGCAUGGGAAAAAGGAGGGAGACCCAGGUGAGGGUGUCCAAGAGGAUGGUGGAGACAGCGCUGAAGGAGAGCGUUUCUGCGUAAGCAAUCCCUAGGUCCUAUGAGACUCUUUAUCUAGAAUGCUAGAGGCCUUGCUGGGACACUGGCCACUAAGAGCUGUGAGUAGGCUGCUCGGCUAGCGUCUGGUACAAGUGGAGCCUCUGCAAGAAGCAGAUUGGCCAGCACCAAGUGCACCACACACACACACACACACACACACACACACACACACACACAACUAGGUUUUUAAAAUCAUUUUGUUCUCUCCACAACUUCAGGUUUUUCAGCUUCCAGAGAACUUGUCCAGGUGGGGCACGAGCUCUUUAGUUAUUUUAGUGCAAGCAUGCAUCUCACAGUCGCCUUACCCUGAGUUUAGGAAUUUGGAAAACGUGGGAGCUGUGACCUGCAGGCUUGAUUCCCAUCUGAUUCCAUAAGGGUCUCUGGCUGGCCUGGUAACUUCUGCAUUGGAAAUGCAUUUUCUACCAGGUUGGGGUAGGUGCUCACCCCAGCCUUGUACAUGAUCCUAUUUGGGUAGCAAGAGCUACAGAGCCUGAGAAUGAACAUGGAAACCAGAAGCAUGGUUGGUGCUUUAUUAGGAGCGAAUGGGAAGGGGGGAGGUGGGAGAAGGGAAUCUGGUUUAGCCGAGUGGAAUGUCACUGCUGCCUUUGUAGUCGUGUAGCUUGUCCUCUCUGUCUGCUAUAGCGAAGAGGGCUCUGGCCAUGCUCACAGUGAUAAAUACAGGAACCAAGAACUAGGGCUUCACCUGGCCCAGAGAUGCCUGCUACCACCUAGUUUGGGUCAGAGCUGGCUACUUCCUGGAUUGUUCCUUUGACUUUUGGCCCUUGGCUUCUGUGAGCUCUGCAGUGAACCCUGCAAUUGAAAGCUAAGCUAAUGUAAUGUGAACUAAUAGUUUGCCCUGUCAAAAAGCACUUCAGAAAACAGCGUGUGUCACUGGGAAAGCAAGAUCCUACUUACAAAACUCACAGUUCCUCUGGACGACAUGAUGGCCCCAUAUAUUCCACAAACUGUGAAUUGGCUCCUUCACAUCCACUGAGCUGGGAUAAGGCAACGCCGACCUUAAGAAACCACUGAAACCUUGUCCUGUCUAAUGCAUGCCUUGAGUGUGUUUGUUCUUUAAAGACUAUUCAUGGUGGAGGGCUGAUGGUGUCAUGUCUCCAAGCAGCCUGAACACUCGUUCUCUGUGUGUACCUGUGGGCUAUGAGAUGCCCCUUUUGACUGCCCUUUGGUCCCAGGCAGACUAGGUCUGUGGAUCUGAUAGGGAGGCUGGAACACUGGGGAAAUGGCACCAAGAUGGAAGAAAAACAUGGCCUCAGGAAUCCCCCUUUGUUCUUCAGCAAGUUAAUUAGCAAGGGAAACAUUGCUUGCAAGAUGUGUUGGUUUCCAGAACCUCCUAACUUGCUGGUCAGAUUACUGUCAACUUCCUCAGAAUUGUGCCUCAUUGACACCAAGGACAUCAAGAGACAGGGGUGCCACCUUCUGGCCAAUGCUGAGCUAGAGGUGGCUUAAGGAAGACUUUAGUAUCUGGCCUGUUGACGUGUAGCUAGGCUAAUCUCAGGGGGGCUGUCAACUUUACCUUUACGCUGAGGCCUGUCUGAUGGCAAAAGCCCAUGAACCCCACAGCCAUGAUGUAAAAUAAAUGCCCUCUUGUGAAAUUGUUUUCUCAAUAGCACUGGUUCCAGUGAAAAAGAGCUCUACUUUGCUCUCCCUUAGCUACCUCGGUGCCUUCUGCAUAAAGCCCUUCUGCAUAAAACCCAUCACUCAGCCCGCAGGCGCUAGCUAAGUGGCUGGACAGGCCUGGGCGGGCCAUCGGCCUCCUGUUCAUACAGUCUCAUCCCAGGGGCCGCGCUCCUCCUUCCCACUGGCAUUUUAUACUUGCUGGGGCAUUGUGGCUUGCAGAAGUCAUGGGACUGGUCUUCUAUGUCCCCGCUGAAGGCUGAGCUGGCCAACUUGGGCUAGUCCCAGGUAAUAGGCAGGAGAAAGCGAAUGAAGUGGAAGAGCCAAUUGCCAAGAUGAGAUCUCUAAAGGUGUGACUUGACAGGAAGAACUUCAAAAAAGCUCAACAUUCUCAAGUGGCUUGAUGCAGGGGACUGCCCACCCUGCUGUGGGACAGGCCCGCUGUCUCAGCCAUUUGGGUUGUAGUUAGUACCAGUUCUCCGAGGAAAACGUGCUAGAGACUGCCAGAAUCCCUGUACAUUGUUUUAUGUGCUUGUGUCCAAGUGUGAAUUGUAAAUGGUCUAGUGUUUGCAUUAAACAAAAUGGAAUCCAA